GGUCAGUCCUAAACCUAUCAGAUUGGAUCAUUUACGGACAUGUGAAACUUUCCGCGCUCACUAUCAUGAUUUGCUUAACUUUAAAGAAAGGAGGAGAUGAUAUAUAGGAAUUUAGAGACUGUGUUAGCUGAAUCACGUAAGAGUAAGUUCAUUUGAUCGAGUAUUAUUUCAAGGCCAAACCCAAUGAUUCCAUCAACAUUCAUUCUGACUUGAUUGGUUUUUACAAAUGCAUCCUCUUUGGAAUGGAUACUUUUCACUUUUACCGAUUACCUUACGCGCUUGCUCAACAUACUUGCACACCUCUUCUGUUCAUUCAGAGACCCUAUCUCUACAACAUCUCUCCUCCCGAAACCCACUCCUUUGGCUUAGCUUUCUCGCAUUUUUUUCUGAAAAUCGGCUUAGUAGCUUUCGCUCGGUGUGAGGAUUGUCACUGUCUCUGCUGAAAGAGCAGCGAACGCUUUACUCAUACUGGACGAGCCCAGUGAAGGCUCGUACAGAUAGAUGUUACAGAACGCUGGGACGCCACUUCGCUUUUUAGACCACACUGGGCAAUAAAGAGCCGUGGAUUAAAUUUGAAAAGACAACAUGGGAACUAAAUGGCAUUUCAAAGUUGUCAGUGCUUUGCCAUAUUUUUUGCACAUUGACAAUGACAUUUUUGUAGAGGAUGUUCAAACCAAGCCGUAGGGCGCAACAAAAUCUCUUCUCUGGGUUUGACGCCCCCACCCUUUUCUUCGAUCUGAUUUUGGAGAGGAAUUCUUCAAGCUAUGCAUGCACAAAACCACUUUCAUGGCAGACAUUGAAGUUUUCAAAAAUCUGAGUUUUGAGAAGGUUGAGCGAUGCAUGAGUGUCAUGCAGUCUGGGACCCAGAUGGUCAAGCUGAAGAAUGGGUCCAAGGGGCUGGUGCGACUUUUCUACCUGGACGAGCACAGGUCCUGCAUCCGCUGGCGGCCAUCCAGGAAGAGUGAGAAGGCAAAAAUUACCAUUGAUUCACUAUACAAGGUGUCAGAGGGCCGGCAGUCAGACAUCUUCCAUCGACACGCGGACGGGAACUUUGAUCCUGCUUGCUGCUUCACCAUUUACCAUGGCAACCACAUGGAGUCCCUGGACCUGGUGACCUCCAACCCUGAGGAGGCACGGACCUGGGUGACAGGACUGAAGUACCUGAUGGCUGGGAUCAGUGAUGAGGACUCGUUGGCCAAGCGGCAACGUACCCAUGACCAAUGGAUGAAACAGACCUUUGAGGAGGCAGACAAGAAUGGGGAUGGUCUCCUGAAUAUUGAGGAGAUCUACCAGCUUCUGCACAAGAUGAAUGUGAACCUACCCAGGAGGAAGGUCAAGCAGAUGUUCCAGGAAGCGGACACAGAUGACCAGCAGGGCACCCUGACAUACGAGGAAUUCAGUGUCUUCUACAGGAUGAUGUCCAUGCGCAGGGAUCUCUUCCUAUUGCUUAUGUGCUUCAGCGACAAGAAAGACCACCUGACUGCCGAAGAGUUGGGGAACUUCUUGCGCAGUGAGCAGAAGAUGGCCAAUGUUACCACAGAGUACUGCCUGGAUGUCAUUGAUAAGUUUGAGGUCUCUGAGGAAAACAAACAGAAAGGCAUCCUGGGUAUUGAAGGCUUUACCAACUUCAUGCGCAGCCCUGCCUGUGACAUCUUCAACCCCCUGCACCACGAGUUGAACCAGGACAUGGACCAGCCCCUCUGUAACUACUACAUUGCCUCUUCCCACAACACCUACCUGACCGGAGACCAGCUCCUCUCUCACUCCAAGACCGACAUGUACGCCUGGGUGUUGCAGUCCGGCUGCCGCUGUGUGGAAGUGGACUGCUGGGAUGGCCCUGAUGGGGAACCCAUGGUGCAGCAUGGCUAUACUCUUACCUCGAAGAUCACCUUCAAGUCUGUCAUUGAGACCAUCAACAAGCACGCCUUCGUCAACAACGAGUACCCCGUGAUCCUUUCCAUUGAGAACCACUGCAGCAUCCAGCAGCAGAAGAAGAUUGCCCAGCAUCUGAGGGACAUAUUCGGGGACAAGCUGGACGUUAGUGACACACUCAACAAGGAUUCCAAAGAGCUUCCCAGCCCCAACUGCCUCAGGGGCAAGAUACUCAUAAAGGGCAAGCGCCUGCCUCCUUACCUGUCGGCUGAUGCGGAGGAGGGAGAAGUGUCGGACGACGACAGCGCUGAUGAGAUUGAGGAUGACUUCAAGCUGAAGAGCAGCAGUAGCAAUGGGCCUAACCAGCACCAGGUGGAGUCCUACAUCAGGAAGAAACUGGACUCUCUGGUGAAAGAGUCUCAGAUCGGAGACAAGGAGGACACAGACAGCUUCUCCAUACGAGCUCUGCUACGGGCCACUCAUGAGGGCUUGCAUACAAACCUCAAACAGAACUCCAAUCUCAAAGAAGGGCUAAAGAAGUCCCAAAGCCGUUCCUUCCUCAGCAACCUGAAGCACAAGAGACACUCCAAAUCCAGAUGCAAGUCUCAGAGCUCAGACACGGAGGAGGAUGGACUACAGGAGGCAUCUGGGAAAGACAUGGGACAGUACAACAGGAGUGGCAAACGGAGAAAAACCAUAAAGUUGAGCAGGGAUCUCUCAGACCUGGUGGUGUUCACCAACUCAGUGGCCUCCCAGGCUUGCCUGGAAGAAAGCACUCCUGGGAAUGUCCUGUCGUUCAGUGAAACUCGGGCUCAGCAGCUGGUUCACCAAAGAGCAGAGCGCCUCAUCUCCUUCAAUCAGCGCCAGCUCUCCCGCAUCUACCCCUCUGCCUACCGCAUCGACUCCAGCAACUUCAACCCUCAGGUCUACUGGAACGUGGGCUGCCAGCUGGUGGCUCUGAACUACCAGACCGAGGGCCGCAUGAUGCAGCUGAACAGGGCCAAGUUCAUGGUGAACGGGGGCUGUGGAUAUGUUCUGAAGCCCCAACCCAUGUGUAAAGGUUCAUUCAACCCGUUCUGUGAUGACCCCUUCCCAGCCUACCCCAAGAAGCAGCUGGUGCUGAAGAUAAUCAGCGGACAGCAGUUACCCAAACCCCCAGACUCAAUGCUGGGUGACCGGGGAGAGAUCAUUGAUCCUUUUGUGGAGGUGGAGAUCAUCGGUCUGCCGGUAGAUUGCUGCAAAGAACAGACCAGAGUGGUAGACGACAACGGGUUUAACCCCGUGUGGGAGGAGACUCUCUCCUUCACCCUGCACAUGGCGGAACUGGCACUCGUGCGCUUCCUGGUCUGGGACCAUGACCCAAUUGGACGAGACUUUGUUGGCCAGAGGACGGUGGCCUUUAGCAGCCUGAUGCCAGGUUAUAGACAUGUUUAUCUGGAGGGCUUGACUGAGGCGUCCAUCUUCAUCCAUGUCACGGUGCAUGACAUCUAUGGGAAGUGGAGUCCCUUAAUCCUCAACCCCAGCUAUACCAUAAUGCACUUUCUAGGAGCUAAUAAGGGUCGUCAGCUCAGGGGUAUUAAAGGCCUAUUCAAUAAAGGCAGUAAGAGCUCAGUUGAUACCCACACUGGAGUCCCGCUGCGUAAGCGAUCCAUCAGCGACCACCUGCUGCGCCGCACCGCCAGCGCCCCCGCCAAGGGCCGCAGGAAGACCAAGAUGGCCCACUCAGAGGCUGCAUCCGAUAAGAAGGGCAGCAGUGUGGACCCCCCGGCUCCCCAGCCCCCCCAGACAUCCCAAGAGGCAAUGGAGAGGCGCGUCGCCCCCCGCCCCUCCCUCCAGCACCGCCCCGUCUCCAUGCCGCUGGAGAAGUUCCUGCAGGGGGCGCUGGCGCUGUCUUCCCCAAGCCAGGACCAACCCGAUCCGGGCUCUGACACCCACAUAGUAGAAAACUGACUAGGAUACCCCUGCAGAUAUGGUUGCCUUGGAGAGGGCCAGGUCUGCCUCUGUGGAUCUCCUCAUUGAAACCUCC